CACGUCAUGCAGUGGAGUCACUUCUUGACCUGAGAUAACUACAGCUUCCUUCUCCAUAAUACUCCGUUUUGUCGCUUCAAAUCGGAAGACUUCCUCUCGCAGACCCAGAAAAAAUGGUACAAAGUACUUACUCCCCUGUAUUGGGAACCAAUCUCCGAUGUGCUCUCCGACCUAGCCCAAAAUCGAGAGAUUUUGUGCGUUCCUUAGCCCCCUUCAGACCUGCAACUACGGUAGAGCGGAUCAGUCAGAUGUAUGCAUUAAGUAGUAUGCUGUCAAAAGCGUUAGACGAUCUUCCGAUGUCCGUAGGAACAGGCAUGUUGUGUCUACUAAGUGCCUUGGUAUGGGUGCGAUUCCUCGGCUCAGAACCGGGAAAAUUACCCCAAGACAGUCGCAAGUGUAGUCCGAAGUAUUAUAAAUACUAUCAUGUUCUUCCAGACAUGCGAUCCUGAACAAGCACAAGGU